AUGGACGGUUCAGGUCAGAAUGGACCGGGCGGGGUCCACGACAGCACCAGCAAUGGAGGAAUGUCCAGAGCAGAAAGGUUUGAAGAUGAGAAGCGCAGGAUCGUGGACAGCUGUUUUGGCAAGAAGGAUGAAGAUGGAUCUUUAAUGGAAUCAUACAUCACACACAUCAGAAUCAUAGAAGACGCUGCAUAUCCAUCUACUCCACCGCCACCAAAUGCCAAUCCAAGUGCAAAGAAGCCGCGUCUAAUAAUCGUAGCUGUGAGGAAGUCGGGAAGGGUUCGGAUGCAUAAGGCAAGGGAGAAUGCGAAUGGGACCUUUUCGAUUGGCAAAACUUGGAUGCUUGACGACCUGUCUUGCGUACAGUCCUAUAGUGGCAUCAACCCAGCAAGUCCCGAAGAGGAGCAACAAAAACAAUGGGCGGGAGGUAUUGGGUUCACAGUCACUAUUGGGAAACCAUACUAUUGGCAGGCGAAUACCCAGAAGGAGAAGCAGUUUUUCAUUGCGAGCUUGGUCAAAAUCUAUACCAAGUACACCGGAGGAAAGUCCCCAGAGCUUCUUGGAUUUGAGCCGAGGGAAAGGGAUCAAUUGCUCGGUGUCUCCGCUCCAGCACGCCCGCCGCCUGUUUCUCAGCCACCUCCUCAGCAGCCCACACCACCAGCAUAUGGCCGAGACAGACGGCGAGAGCCAUCAAGAGAGCCUCCUGUACUCAGGAAUCAACCCAGUCGAGAUGCAGUACAGCGUCCUCCCCCACAGAUGACCCCUCCUGUAAAUCCUUAUGGUCAGACGGCAAGACCGCCAAUGCGGGCUCAACGAGGCGACUCUCCGGGGGGCAGUAUGGAAUCUAAUAGCACCGCUUCACAGCAAGCACCACCAAAUAAUCGAAGACUAGGUACACAGCCGAGUCAGGAAUCAUUCGCCAGAAGCGAUGAUGGGUCCAGUCUACCACCGCGGUCACGAGGUGGAAUGAAUGGUCUCCCGAAUGCGCCAGGCAGAUUCCAAGAUCGGAGUGCAACUCCCACAUCUCAACGAGCUGUGACUCCUGAUUCAAGCUCUUCAGGAGUUCGAGAUAUGGCGAGUGAAGUACCUCCUAUUCCCGCGCCGUUAUCCUUACCUCCUGAACGUCGUCGGCCUCCAAUGCCAGUUCUUGGUGAUUCACGCCAGAGAACCCUAAAUUCGAAUGACAAUAUCGUUCCUGCUCCUCUCACAAGUCCUGCGAUGCGACGGGAAGAUUUGCGGCCACCAACACGUAGUAGUGAGCGGAGUAUUCCCCGGGAGCAAGAUACUGACAAUGGAAAUCCACCAUCAUCUACAAACGGGUUCCAGAGACCGGUUCCAUCUCGUAAUACAGCUGAAAGUUUAGAUCGCAGGAACAACACCCAAGCAGUCCCCGUUCCACCUCCAGCCCCAGUAUCAGAUGCUGCGGAAAUGGUGUCGCCGUCGGCAAACGCCGAAGCUCCUCCUCCAGUAGAACCUGCCGAGGAGCCGGAAGAGGAAAAUCGACCGGGACUGGGACCUAUGAUUAAGAAGAAGAAGUCCAAGAACGAGGUUGCUGGUGCGAUGUUCAAGGCUGCAAAAGCUGCGAAUGCUUUUAGCUCCUUCAAGCCACGCGCUGGAGGUGCUGCAGAGCGAUUGAGGGAAGCCCAGGCAAAGAUGACCGAUGGCCCAGACGGAGUUACUGGUGUUGUACCAGCACCCUCGCUCCUUCGGGGAAUGAGCUCAGACAGUACCACAGGAACCGGGACCACACCAGCAACAACGCCUCUGGAACGACCGGUUUCUCGAAAGAAGAAUGAUAGUGUCCCAGAGGUCAAGCUUACGGUACCAGAAUCGGGACGUCCUGGUAGUUUUGAAGCUCCAGUGGCCGCGCCACAGGAAGAUACGCCGCCCGAAAAGGCUAAAGCUCGUGAGGCUAAAAGAGCGAGACCUCCGGCGGAGACAAUGUCAAAGGAGCUUGCUGCCAUUGGCGUUGAUCCAAGCAUUCUUGGCGACCGUGGUGGGGAGCUAGUUUCUGCAUGGGAGGAGUUUGGCUGGGUCGGCGAGGGCAUACGAUCCAAAAAUAUCGACCAAAUGAAAGACGAGGUUGAGCGAGAGCUGAACAAGAUUCAAGCUGGCGGAUGGUUGAGUAGGCUAGAGGAGGAGGAUGACAGAAUCGAGGCGAUCAAAACGGGUCUCGACAAGUGUAUCGAGGAAUGUGAAGAGCUGGAUGGCCUGUUCACACUGUAUCUUGUCGAGCUUGGCACUUUGAAUGAGGAUGUCGCAUAUAUCGAGGCUCAAUCACAAGGUUUACAGGUACAAACAGCCAAUCAAAGGCUCCUCCAAACGGAACUGAAAUCUCUUCUCGACACGAUUUCAAUCUCUGGAGAGCAGUUGAGUGGUCUCCGAGAAGCAUCACUGGAGUCUCCUCGCGGCUUAGAGCAGAUCGAAACAGCCUUAGUCAUGCUUUUCAAAGCUAUGCUGACUAUCGAUCCAUCACUCAACACAACUGUUUCCAGACCUAGCGAGGACGGAAGUCUCCGCUCCGGCAAACCCGGAGGCUACGGAAACAGUGAGAUUGGGAGUAUGAGAGUACUGCAGGAAAAGAAAGAUGUCUACAAGAUGGAGAUCGCAAUGUUCCUUCGCCGCUUGAAGCCGUUUUUGCAAGUCAAGUUUGGUGCUGCCAUUGAUGAGACGAGAAAGGCUCUUGAAAGAGAGAAAGGCAGUAAUCUUACUCGAGCUGCAGGAAAGGCUAAGCUCGAUCCUCGAAACCACGAUCUUGCCCGUGAUCUUCUUUGGAGAUAUAGCCCGUUAAUGCUGUUCUCAAGAGAGGUUGAUCGUUUCGAAUGGGAGGAGCUUAUGAAAAUGUACGAAAUGGUAUGCCGACCAUUAUAUCAAGACGAGUUCCGAGAUGCUACCUUCUCUUGGAAGCGCAUUGCCAAGAAGCCAAUUGGUGAUGAGGGCGAUAUCUUGUUUACAUCUCAAAUCGAGAAGCAGACUGAAGGUAUUGCAACGACGGCUCGGAAGUUGACUGUCAAGCGGAGCCAAACUUUGGCGAAGAGCUUGCGGUCUCCAAUUGGUGACAAUGCUAGUAAAUCUAGUCUAGACAAGUCAGAUGGCCGGCUUCAACCAUACGAGGUGUUUGGCGGAGUUCUCGAUGAAACGAUUCCGAUAAUGAGCAUGGAACAGAACUUCAUUGUUGAGUUCUUCCAUGUCACCUCUCUCGCACAAUCGGAUUUCCCCGAUGCGGUGGCUGCGUCGCCACCAGACUCUCGACGUGGUGGUGACCUUCGACGACCAAGAGUUAUGGACCCAGAUAGAAGUCUCGCAAAACUUGUUGUCCAGUCGAUGGAAGAAGUGUUUUCGUUCUAUGCCAAUGAUAUCCAAUCGCUUGUUGACUGGACUAUUCAAUCCGAUCCACUACAAGGUGUCGGUGUAAUUGCCGCCAUUGAGCGCAAGCUGGUCGGAUUUGAAGAAUCAAAUCAGGAAUACCUGUCUCGAAUGCUGCAAAAGCUACACGUAAAACUUCUUGGCAUGUUCAACAAGUUCUUGGACGAGCAAAUUCGUGCCAUUGAAGAUACAAAGGUCAAGAUAAAGAAGCGCAAAGGAGUCAUUGCCUUUAUUCGGAUAUUCCCAUCCUUCUCCUUGACCUUGGAAACCAUGCUCUCGACGUCCCAUGACCUCGAUAUCCGGCAGACCGUCAACAAUGCAUAUGCUCGCAUCAACAAGACCAUGUUUGAGUCACUGAAGGUCAUUGCAAGAGAAAACCCCGGUGCUCAGGUUGCCGGUGCCGACCCUGAAGACAAGGAGGCUUUGAAUUACCAGGUCUUACUUAUCGAAAACAUGAAUCAUUACCUUGAAGAAGUCGAUGCUCGUGCCAAUCCGGUUCUUGAAGACUGGAAGCAGAAUGCGAGUCGGGAAAUGAACGAGCACAUGGGCCUUUAUCUCGGUGCUGUGAUUAGGAGACCUCUAGGGAAACUGCUCGACUUUCUUGAAAGCACAGAAAGUCUCAUGCUAUCUAGACAACCAGGAGAGCCAGCCUCGAAGACUUCUAGUAUGCCUAGUCACUCAAAAACCACAUUCCGCAAGGUUCUUGCAGGCUACGACUCGAAGGAAAUUAGAAAGGGCAUCGAGGCGCUCAAAAAGAGAGUCGAGAAGCACUUUGGCGAUGCUGAUGAGCCUGGCCUUAGUCGCGGUCUUGUAGUUAAGGUCAUCCAAAACUGCGAGAAGUUCUACGAGAAGGUCGAGGAUCGGAUCUUGACUAUCAGUCGAGAUGUAUAUGAUGGAGAGGUGAUUUCAGAAUGGUCCAGGGCCGACGUCUCUGCAGCAUUCAGAAAGUAA